AUGUUCACCGAAGAGGUUUUCUUGGCUGUGUCAUACAUUUCACCCAACUUGAUACUCAAAAGCUACCAAUUUACUUACAUCACCGAUCCAAAACCAGACCAAAAUCCACUUACAUUUCAGUUACUUUCAAAUACAAAUACUCCAAUGGAAGAGCCCCUCUUUAUGGACUGCGACGAAACGACUUGUUUGUUGUCUACUGAGAACAAAGUGUAUCAAAUUGAUAUUACGCCUGCUUCCGGAGAUGCUUACCCGAUAUGUUCAAUUAAAGAACGAACAACUCUCUCAAAGACAAAUCUCCACUGUACACCUCAAAAGACAGUUCCGACCAAAUUUGACACAACUGCAGUCGAAUGUGUUGAUAUGGACAAGCUUUAUCUCUUUAAAGAAGACGGCGUCGUCGAAAUGACUUCUUAUAUAUAUGAAGACACCCCACUUAUCUCUGUUUUGGGUAAUGGCGAUUUGGUCAUGUACGACGGAAAUCGCGUUUUUGUGCACACUGGAAUGAAUCAGUUGUUGUACAACUCAUAUAAAUUGCCAGAGGAUGUUUUAGUAGCGACAAACAACUACGUUCUCACGAAAACGGGUAUUUACAAAUAUGGAAAUACACAACUGAACGUUUUUACAGAACCAGUUGUGCAAGACACUUGUGUCGUGAAAGCUUCUGAAAUCGUUUAUAACACAAAAGCGACACUUUUCCAUCCGUCACAAACAGCACUUGGAGGAGAAUACAUCAAUGAUUGUAUUGGUGUAGUCUAUGUAGACACCCGGUUUGGACAGAACUUGACUCCUGAAUCAUUGUCCAACUACAAUUUUACAUUCAGUGUUGGGGAGUAUAGUACUUCGAUGAGUGAUCUUGCAAGUAAAGGAUUUAUUCGAGUGAAUAAGAUGAAUGUGUCAUAUGACAACACCAUUACAACCAUUUUUAAUCUUAAAGGAGAGGAGGAAGAAACUAUGAGAGGGUUCAAUGUCUAUUUCAUACUCAAUUGGACAACGGGCGAACACAAGUCUUCGAGCAUCUAUACGUACACUGGCAAGCCAAUAAGUUUGAGAAGCGGUGUUAUUCGGUAUGAAAUCAACAAUCGACAAUACAAAGUGAAUAUUAAGGAGACACUUGAUUUUGAUAUUACUCAAGACAUCUACAACACCGAAAACCAACAAAUUGAUUUGGUUAAAUUUAAAACAAAAACGUACAUUCAAUAUGGAGAGUUGGUUGACAUCAAUGACACGAAUGCAUAUCUUAAUGAACGAAAAGUGUUACAGUAUUGGGUGUAUAAUUCGUAUUUGUACUCGCAAUUUCUUCGCGAUGUAUGUACUUCAGAGACCACUAAAGUAGUUCAAAUGAAAAAGAAAGGGGUAUGUGAGGUGCCCACGUACACGUACUUCAUGAAGGAUCAAACAACAACGACGACUGAAAAUGUGGAGUGUUGUAACAGUGACACGUGUAACACUAUAUUUGUUGAAGGUGUUGAUUGUAAACCAUUAGAAGGUGUUGUGACUGAUGUGUAUUCAUCUACAUUGGUUAAGCUUGCGUUGACAAAGAAAUUUGAUUUUAUGGACGAGAGAAGUUGUUUUGAAAAGAUGGUCAAUCAGUCUGCUACUGGGUCUUUCUUUUUAGAAUGUGUGUACGGCAACAUGCAGACACUUGCCGAGUGUGUAGACAAUAAAACAGUUUCGUCGUGUGCGCAAGUGAUGUUUUCCAAUAGCGCCGAUGACACGAAGGUUGAGAAGCAGCAGGUGGUAGCAGACAGUGGCGAGAAAGUGCAGCUUCUUACAGCGACUUCUUCGAUUAGUCCGACAAGCACAAACAUUGUAACACCCCAAAACAUGAAUACUGAUACAUUCAAAUUCCAAGUCCAAAGUAUUCUUAACGCGAAUGGGAAGGACGCAACGACGGAGACUCCAGUCGCCAAGUUGUUCUUCAAGAAAAUGUCGAAAGUAAAAAACACGCGACAUUUGAAAGGAGCGGGAAUGGAGUUGCCGUCCAUUGAUGUGGAUGACAAGAGCACCGCCUUAUUAGUAGGUGAUGGGUUAACUGUUGAUAAUGAGAAUGUAUAUAUCAAAGACAACAUCACCGUCUGUCUUGAAAUGAACGAGUUUUGUUCCGAAGGGAUCAGUGCGGAUCAAAAGAUCGAUAUCAUCUACGUAGUGAAUGGUAUCAAUGAAGACCAAGAAAUCGUCAUUUUGGACGGAGGAAGUACUCCGAGUUUCAUCGACUCUGAGAACAAAAAGGUGUGCAAUACAGUGAACAAACCGGGGUCCGUCUAUCCAGUUAUUACUCAAAUAGAAGACCCUCCCGUCGUAGAAAAGGGGAAAGCUAAGAAUGGUGUUAUUAUAGGGAUAGUAGUAUCUGUUAUAGUGUGUGUUAUUAUAGCCGUGUUGAUCAUUUUAAGUGUUGUUGGUGUUCAGACACUUAUGAAGAGAAGAAGAAUGAAAAUCAUCAAUGAAGCGUUCCAAGACGAUUCAAUUUCCGAUAUUUGA